UUCUUCUCCAGUGUAGAACUCCACAGUCCAAACCCAAACUCUGCCAUUCUCCAUAGCCCGGAGUUACAGGCACACUGAGAGAAGAGAGAAAAAUAAACAGCACGAAAGUGAGAAGAAGAGAGAGAAAGAGAGCGAGCAAGUGAUAUAAAGUAACUUAAACAAGACAAAUAUAAAGAGAGGUUCCACGCCUCGAGAACGAACGAGAGUACACGAAUAAGUUGAGUUCAGAAAGCGUGGUGGAAAACUUCUGGGCUGUGGCAGAAAGCUGUGGACCGCGGAGGAUGCCAGAGCAAAGGCGUUGAAGGAUUCAGGGAACGAACAAGGGCUGACACGGUCCACACUAGGGGACAGGUGAAGAAGCAACACAUUCAAAGAUGGAUGAUGACCAGGACACAAGGGAAGUACUUUUCCCACAGUGGAUGGGCGCUGAUAAGCAUGGGCUCACCAUUGAACAGAAAGGCCAAGGAGAGAUUUUUGUCAAAGAGGUGAAAGAUGAGUCACCUGCUGCUCACACUGGAAAAGUUCAUGAAGGUGACCAAAUUGUGGGGGCCACCAUUUACUUUGACAACAUGAGUUCAGAAGAAACAGCUGAGCUAUUGAAGACUCUAAACCGACAUAAAGUUGGAUUAAAACUACAAAACAAGGGUGGAGACAAAUCACCUUGCCGCUCUCCAAUGGGAACGUUGUCAUGGGAAGGACGUGGAAGUUUCGGAGGAUCAAGUUCAGACAUUCUCCUGAGUGGGGAUGAUGAAGACUACAAGAGAAUCUAUAGCAAGAAGAUUAAACCUAGACUGAAGUCUGAGGACCUUGCUGAGGGUGUUGAUGUGCGCACAGAACGCCACAGCAGCACAAGCAGUGAUGGUUGCACCAUCACUACAAUCACUCGACGAAUAACUACCUACACAGUUGAUAUGCCUGGGGGCACUAGUCAGCAGAUUGAUCCCUCAAGUCCUGAGUUCAAAAUUCAGCUCUUGCAGCAUGAGCAGGAAGGGGGUGAUUCUUCACAAAUAGGAUUACCACACAGCAGCCUUGUUAGCAGUGAACACGGGGGUAAAAAUUUAGGGGACAUAUCUUUUGGUGGGCCCCAUGUCACUGGCUCGUCUGUGAAGCACUGUAGCACAGGAUCUAUCAGAGCAACAAGUGAAUUAGAUGGCAGUGGGAGAGAGAUUACAAUUAAUGUGUCAGACACUGGACUUUCAGGGGGAAGAGGACAAAGAUUUACAGAACAUUUUGUAGGGACUGAAACUUCUCUAGAAGGUAAUUUCUCUGGUAGAGUAACCACAGGGUUAGAAAAACAAGUGGGAAAUAUUUCUUCACCAGUAGAAGCUAGUUUUAAAGCUUUAAGUACGAAAGGAGGAACAGUAAAGGGCUCUGUUCUGGAAACGCAUGGUUCAGGCUUUUCCAUAAUUGGAGGAUCUAAGGGCAGUAUUGGCAGAGAAUCUUCUUCUGAAGUACUUAAGGAUGGAUCUGAUGAUCUAACCAAGCUGUCCAAGUUUAGCAUAGAUGUUCAGAGACCCAAAGUAAACAUCAAACGUUCAGAAGCCGAUAUCAGCCAGGGUUCUGAUUUUGCUAUUCCAGACAUGGACAGUAAAGCCAAGUUACCAAAAGUUGAAACUAGUGGAUCAGUUGUUCACUCUAAGGAAAUUGGUGGUGAAUUCAAGCUUCCAAAUGUGAAAGGCUCAAAACAGUUUACUGUGGAAAGUCCAAAUGUAGAAGCAAAUUUUAACAAUCAAAAUCUUAAAGAUGUUAGUCAGAGAGGUUUUAGCUUAACUGGAAAUCAGGAUUUACCACAUCCAUCAUUUAGAAUGAAAGGCACUAAUUUAGAGGACUCCAAUUUGGGUGCUGAUAUGGACAUCAGUGGUCCAGAGUUUCAGGUUCAAAGAUGUGAGAUUAAAGUCAAAGAUACCCAGUUUGAUGUGCCUUCAGUCACUGGCCAGGGAAUUUCAAUUUCAGAUGUAGACUUAACUCUGAAAGAACAAAAAAGAGGUGUUAAUGUGUGUGUUCAAAAUAUUGAAAGCAAUGUUAUGACACCAAAAGUUGAAAUCAAAGGACAAAGUCUUAAAGGUGUAGAGGAUGGCUUUAUGAUGAAGGGUCCCAAUAUUGAUGCAAAUGCUGCAAAUGCCAAAAUAGAGAUUAAAACCCCAAACAUUGAUAUGAAGACUCAAGAGUUUAAUAUUGAAGGACCUGAAAGAAAAUACAAAGUUUCAAAUGUCAAGGUACCAUCAAUUUCCGGUACAUCUGUGCAAAAUGUAAACAUCACAGGACCUGCUGGGACAGCAGGGGACUUCAGCAUUUCUGCUCCAAAAACGGAAGGAGAUAUUAAAGCACCAUCCAUUGAAAUCAAAGGUCCAAAAUUGAUGGGUUCUAAUGUAGACUUAAAUCUUCCUAAAGCAGAAAUAGAAAACAAACAAACAGGCGUAGAAAUUAGGCUUCCCUCAAAGCCUGAUAUUGAGGGAGCUGAUGGAAAAAUCACAUACCCAGAAUUCAAGAAGACAUCAAUCACUGGGCCGAAUAUUUCUAUGCCAGAAGUCAACUUGAACAUCAAAGGUCAGAAAUUGAAAGGCAGUGUUGAAACAUCUGUUCCAAAAGUGGAAGGACAUAUUAAAGAACCAGAAGUAGCAGUUGAAAGACAAGAUGGUCCUGAGAGGGGUUUUGGGAUGCCAAUAUUUGGGUUGAAGGGGCAAAAAGUGGAGGGUCCAGGUUUUGAUGUAAAAAUCUCCAAAGCUGAUGUUGAACUUAAGGAAUCAAAUUUAAACAUUAAAGCUUCAAAGCUUGACACUGAGAGAUCUGAUGGAACAAUCAAAGACAAUAAAAUCGUUAUGCCUUCUGUUUCUGGGCCAACGAUUUAUAUGCCGGGUGCUGAUUUUAACCUGACAGGCUCUAAACUAAAAGGAGAUGUUGAUGCGUCCCUUCCAAAAAUUGAAGGAGAUAUUAAAGCUUAUGAUAUGGACUAUAAAGCUCCAAAACAUAACAUUGACAGACCUGAGGGGAAACUUAAGAGCCCUGAAUUCAAUAUGCCAUCAGUAUCUGGGCCAAAUAUUUCUAUGCCAGAUGUUGACUUAAAUCUUAAUGGUUCGAAACUGAAAGCUGAUGUUGAUGUUGAUGUUUCUGUUUCGAAAGUGAAAGGAGAUAUUAAGGUACCUGAUGUGGACAUUAAACCUCCAAAAGUUGACAUUAAGGUACCUGAGGUGGAAAUCAAGGGCCCAAAAUUCAAUAUGCCAUCAAUAUCAGACUCAAAUAAUUCCAUGCCAAAUGUUGAUUUUAACCUCAAAGGCCAGAAGAUGAAGAGUGAUGUUGAUGUGUCUGUUCUAAAAGUGAAAGGAGAUCUAAAGGACCCUGGUGUGAACAUUAAAGCUCCAAACUUUGAAAUUGAGGGAUCUGAUGGGAAAAUCAAGGACUCUAAAUUGAGUAUGUCAUCAAUAUCUGGCCCAAAUAUUUCCAUGCCAGAUGUUGACUUUAACCUCAAAGAAUCGAAACUGAAAGGUGAUGUUGAUGUUUCUGUUCCAAAAGUGGAAGGAGAUAUUAAAGCACCAAAAAUUGAACAUGAAGGCCCAGACCUUGAGGGUGGUUUUAAGAUGCCAAAGAUCAAUAUACCAAAAUUCGGAUCCAAGGGCCCAAAAAUGGAAGGACCAGACAUGGAUGUAAAAUUCCCUAAAACUGAUAUCGAUAUUAAAGCACCUGAUGUGGACGUUAAAGCUGCACAGCUUGACAUUGAGGGACCUGAGGGAAAAGUCAAGGGCUCCAAGUUCAAAAUGCCUUUCUCCGGACCAACAAUUUCUAUGCCAGAUGUUGAUUUCAACUUGAAAGGACGGAAAAUGAAAGGUGAUGUUGAUGUGUCUAUUCCAAAAGUGGAAGGAGAUGUAAAGGUCCCUGGUGUGGAAAUUAAAGGUCCAAGAGUGGACAUUGAGGGACCUGAGGGGAAAAUCAAGGGCUCUAAAUUCAGUAUGCCAUCAAUAUCUGUCCCGAAUGUUUCCAUGCCAGAUGUCGACUUUAACCUUAAAGGUUCAAAACUGAAAGGUGAUGUUAAUGUUUCUGUUCCAAAAAUGGAAGGAGAUGUUAAAGCACCAAAGGUCGAACUUGAAGGCCCAGACAUUGAGGGUCCUGAGGGUGGUUUCAAGAUGCCAAACAUCAAAAUGCCAAAAUUCGGAUCCAAGGGUCCAAAAGUGGAAAAACCGGACAUAGAUGUGAAAAUCCCUAAAACUGAUAUUGAUAUUAAAGCACCUGAUGUGGACAUUAAGGCUCCAGAGCUUGACAUUGAGGGACCUGAGGGAAAAGUCAAGGGCUCCAAAUUCAAAAUGCCUUUCUCUGGACCAACAAUUUCUAUGCCUGAUGUUGAUUUUAACCUGAAAGGUCCGAAACUGAAAGGUGAUGUUGAUGUUUCUGUUCCAAAAGUGGAAGCAGAUAUUAAAGCACCAAAAGUCGAACUUGAAGGCCCAGAAAUUGAGGGUCCUGAGGGUGGUUUUAAGAUGCCAAAGAUAAAAAUGCCACAGAUUGGAUUCAAGGGUCCAAAAGUGGAAGGUCCAGAUGUCGACGUAAAAAUUCCCAAAACUAAUAUUGACAUAAAGGCACCUGAUGUGGACAUUAAAGGUCCAGAGAUUGACAUUGAGGGACCUGAGGGAAAAGUCAAGGGGUCUAAGUUCAAAAUACCUUUCUCUGGGCCAAACAUUUCUAUGCCUGAUGUUGAUUUCAACCUGAAAGGUCCGAAACUGAAAGGUGAUGUUUCUGUACCAAAAGUGAAAGGAGAUAUUAAAGCACCAAAAGUCGAACUUGAAGGGCCAGAAAUUGAAGGUCCUGAGGGUGGUUUUAAAAUGCCAACAAUCAAAAUGCCAAAAUUCGGAUUCAAGGGUCCAAAAGUUGAAGGACCAGGCAUGGAUGUGAAAAUCCCCAAGACUGAUAUUGACAUCAAAGGACCUGAUGUGGACAUUAAGGCUCCAGAGCUUGACAUUGAGGCACCUGAGGGAAACAUCAAGGACCCCAAAUUGAAAAUGCCUUCACUGUCCAGGCCAACAAUUUCUAUGCCAGAUGUUGACUUUAAUCUCAAAGGUCAAAAACUGAAAGGUGAUGUUGAUGUUUCUGUUCCAAAAAUGCAAGGAGAAAUUAAAGCACCAAAAGUCGAACUUGAAGGACAAGACAUUGCAGGUCCUGAGGGUGGCUUUAAGAUGCCAAAGAUAAAAUUGCCACAGUUCGGAUUUAAGGGUCCAAAAGUGGAAGGUCCAGAUGUCGAUGUAAAAAUUCCCAAAACUGAAAUUGACAUUAAGGCACCUGAUGUGGACAUUAAAGGUCCAGAGAUUGACAUUGAGGCACCUGAGGGAAAAGUCAAGGGCUCCAAGUUCAAAAUACCUUUCUCUGGGCCAACAAUUUCUAUGCCUGAUGUUGAUUUUAACCUGAAAGGUCCGAAACUGAAAGGUGAUGUUGAUGUUUCAGUUCCAAAAGUGGAAGGAGAUAUUAAAGCACCAAAAGGCGAUCUUGAAGGCCCAGAAAUUGAGGUUCCUGAGGGUGGUUUUAAAAUGCCAACAAUCAAAAUGCCAAAAUUCGGAUCCAAGGGUCCAAAAGUGGAAAAACCGGACAUAGAUGUGAAAAUCCCUAAAACUGAUAUUGAUAUUAAAGCACCUGAUGUGGACAUUAAGGCUCCAGUGCUUGACAUUGAGGGACCUGAGGGAAAAGUCAAGGGCUCCAAAUUCAAAAUGCCUUUCUCUGGACCAACAAUUUCUAUGCCUGAUGUUGAUUUUAACCUGAAAGGUCCGAAACUGAAAGGUGAUGUUGAUGUUUCAGUUCCAAAAGUGAAAGGAGAUAUUAAAGCACCAAAAGUUGAACUUGAAGGGCCAGAAAUUGAGGGUCCUGAGGGUGGUUUUAAAAUGCCAACAAUCAAAAUGCCAAAAUUCGGAUUCAAGGGUCCAAAUGUUGAAGGACCAGGCUUGGAUGUGAAAAUCCCCAAGACUGAUAUUGACAUUAAGGGACCGGAUGUGGACAUUAAGGCUCCAAAGCUUGACAUUGAGGCACCUGAGGGAAACAUCAAGGACCCCAAACUGAUAAUACCUUCAUUAUCCAGGCCAACAAUUUCUAUGCCAGAUGUUGACUUUAACCUCAAAGGUCCGAAACUGAAAGGUGAUGUUGAUGUUUCUGUUCCAAAAGUGCAAGGAGAUAUUAAAGCACCAAAAGUCGAACUUGAAGGAUCAGACAUUGCAGGUCCUGAGGGUGGCUUUAAGAUGCCAAAAAUAAAAAUGCCACAGAUCGGAUUCAAGGGUCCAAAAGUGGAAGGUCCAGAUGUCGAUGUAAAAAUUCCAAAAACUGAUAUUGACAUUAAGGCACCUGAUGUGGACAUUAAAGGUCCAGAGAUUGACAUUGAGGGACCUGAGGGAAAAGUCAAGGGCUCCAAGUUCAAAAUACCUUUCUCUGGGCCAACAAUUUCUAUGCCUGAUGUUGAUUUUAACCUGAAAGGUCCGAAACUAAAAGGUGAUGUUGAUGUUUCUGUACCAAAAGUGGAAGGAGAUAUUAAAGCACCAAAAGUCGAACUUGAAGGCCCAGAAAUUGAUGGUCCUGAGGGUGGCUUUAAGAUGCCAACGAUCAAAAUGCCAAAAUUCGGAUUCAAGGGUCCAAAAGUGGAAGGUCCAGAUGUCGAUGUAAAAAUUCCCAAAACUGAUAUUGACAUUAAGGCACCUGAUGUGGACAUUAAAGGUCCAGAGAUUGACAUUGAGGGACCUGAGGGAAAAGUCAAGGGCUCCAAGUUCAAAAUACCUUUCUCUGGGCCAACAAUUUCUAUGCCUGAUGUUGAUUUUAACCUGAAAGGUCCGAAACUGAAAGGUGAUGUUGAUGUUUCUGUUCCUAAAGUGGAAGGAGAUAUUAAAGCACCAAAAGUUGAAAUUGAAGGCCCAGAAAUUGAGGGUCCUGAGGGUGGUUUUAAAAUGCCAACGAUCAAAAUGCCAAAAUUCGGAUUCAAGGGUCCAAAAGUUGAAGGACCAGGCAUGGAGGUAAAAAUCCCCAAGACUGAUAUUGAUAUUAAAGGACCUGAUGUGGACAUUAAGGCUCCAGAGCUUGACAUUGAGGCACCUGAGGGAAACAUCAAGGACCCCAAGCUGAAAAUGCCCUCAUUGUCCAGGCCAACAAUUUCUAUGCCUGAUGUUGACUUUAACCUGAAAGGUCCAAAACUGAAAGGUGAUGUUGAUGUUUCUGUUCCAAAAGUGCAAGGAGACAUUAAAGCGUCAAAAGUCGAACUUGAAGGACCAGACAUUGCGGGUCCUGAGGGUGGCUUUAAGAUGCCAAAGAUAAAAAUGCCACAGAUCGGAUUCAAGGGUCCUAAAGUGGAAGGUCCAGAUGUCGAUGUAAAAAUUCCCAAAACGGAUAUUGACAUUAAGGCGCCUGAUGUGGACAUUAAAGGUCCAGAGAUUGACAUUGGGGGACCUGAGGGAAAAGUAAAGGGGUCCAAGUUCAAAAUACCUUUCUCUGGGCCAAACAUUUCUAUGCCUGAUGUUGAUUUUAACCUGAAAGGGCCAAAACUGAAAGGUGAUGUCGAUGUUUCUGUUCCUAAAGUGGAAGGAAAUAUUAAAACUCCAAAAGUCGAACUUGAAGGCCCAGAAAUUGAGGGUCCUGAGGGUGGUUUUAAAAUGCCAACGAUCAAAAUGCCAAAAUUUGGAUUCAAGGGUCCAAAAGUUGAAGGACCAGGCAUGGAUGUGAAAAUCCCUAAGACUGAUAUUGACAUUAAAGGACCUGAUGUGGACAUUAAGGCUCUAGAGCUUGACAUUGAGGCACCUGAGGGUAACAUCAAGGACCCCAAGCUGAAAAUGCCUUCAUUGUCCAGGCCAACAAUUUCUAUGCCAGAUGUUGACUUUAACCUCAAAGGUCCGAAACUGAAAGGUGAUGUUGAUGUUUCUGUUCCAAAAGUGCAAGGAGAUAUUAAAGCACCAAAAGUCGAACUUGAAGGAUCAGACAUUGCGGGUCCUGAGGGUGGCUUUAAGAUGCCAAAAAUAAAAAUGCCACAGAUCGGAUUCAAGGGUCCAAAAGUGGAAGGUCCAGAUGUCGAUGUAAAAAUUCCCAAAACGGAUAUUGACAUUAAGGCACCUGAUUUGGACAUUAAAUCUCCAGAGAUUGACAUUGAGGGACCUGAGGGAAAAGUAAAGGGGUCCAAGUUUAAAAUACCUUUCUCUGGGCCAAAAAUUUCUAUGCCUGAUGUUGAUUUCAACCUGAAAGGUCCGAAACUGAAAGGUGAUGUUGAUGUUUCUGUUCCUAAAGUGGAAGGAGAUAUUACAGCACCAAAAGUCGAACUUGAAGGCCCAGAAAUUGAGGGUCCUGAGGGUGGUUUGAAAAUGCCAACGAUCAAAAUGCCAAAAUUCGGAUUCAAGGGUCCAAAAGUUGAAGGACCAGGCAUGGAUGUGAAAAGCCCCAAGACUGACAUUGAUAUUAAAGGACCUGAUGUGGACAUUAAGGCUCCAGAGCUUGACAUUGAGGCACCUAAGGGAAACAUCAAGGACCCCAAGCUGAAAAUGCCUUCAUUGUCCAGGCCAACAAUUUCUAUGCCAGAUGUUGACUUUAACCUCAAAGGUCCGAAACUGAAAGGUGAUGUUGAUGUUUCUGUUCCAAAAGUGCAAGGAGAUAUUAAAGCACCAAAAGUCGAACUUGAAGGAUCAGACAUUGCGGGUCCUGAGGGUGGCUUUAAGAUGCCAAAAAUAAAAAUGCCACAGAUCGGAUUCAAGGGUCCAAAAGUGGAAGGUCCAGAUGUCGAUGUAAAAAUUCCCAAAACGGAUAUUGACAUUAAGGCACCUGAUUUGGACAUUAAAUCUCCAGAGAUUGACAUUGAGGGACCUGAGGGAAAAGUAAAGGGGUCCAAGUUCAAAAUACCUUUCUCUGGGCCAAAAAUUUCUAUGCCUGAUGUUGAUUUCAACCUGAAAGGUCCGAAACUGAAAGGUGAUGUUGAUGUUUCUGUUCCUAAAGUGGAAGGAGAUAUUACAGCACCAAAAGUCCAACUUGAAGGCCCAGAAAUUGAGGGUCCUGAGGGUGGUUUUAAAAUGCCAACGAUCAAAAUGCCCAAAUUCGGAUUCAAGGGUCCAAAAGUUGAAGGACCAGGCAUAGAUGUAAAAAGCCCCAAGACUGACAUUGAUAUUAAAGGAUGUGAUGUGGACAUUAAGGCUCCAGAGCUUGACAUUGAGGCACCUGAGGGAAACAUCAAGGACCCCAAACUGAAAAUGCCUUCAUUGACCAGGCCAACAAUUUCUAUGCCAGAUGUUGAUUUUAACCUGAAAGGUCCAAAACUGAAAGGUGAUGUUAAUGUUUCUGUUCCAAAAGUGGAAGGAGAUAUUAAAGCACCAAAACUUGAACUUGAAGGCCCAGAAAUUGAGGGCCCUGAAAGUGGCUUUAAGAUGCCAAAGUUUAAAAUGCCACAUAUCGGAUUCAAGGGUCCAAAAUUGGAAAGUCCAGACUUGGAUGUGAAAAUCCCUAAAGCUGAUUUUGAGGUUAAGUCACCUGAUUUGGACCUUAAAACUCCAGAGCUUGACAUUGAGGGACCUGAGGGAAAAGUCAAGGGCUCAAAGUUCAAAAUGCCUUUCUCCGGGCCAAAAAUUUCUAUGCCUGAUGUUGAUUUUAACCUGAAAGGUCCGAAACUGAAAGGUGAGGUCGAUGUUUCUGUUCCAAAAGUGAAAGGAGAUAUUAAAGCAACCGAAGUAGAUAUUAAAACUCCACAAAUUGACAUUGAGGGACCUGAAGGAAAACCUAAGGGCUCUAAAUUCAGUAUCCCAUCAAUAUCUGGCCCAAAUAUUUCCAUGCCAGAUGCUGAUUUUAGCCUCAAAGGUCCGAAACUGAAAGGUGAUGUUGAUGUUUCAGUUCCAAAAGUAGAAGGGGAUAUCAAAGCUCCAAACGUUGAAAUUGAAGGCCCAGAUAUUAAAGGACCUGAGGGUGGUUUUAAGAUGCCAAAGAUCAAAAUGCCAAGAUUUGGGUUCAAAGGUCCAAAAGUGGAAGGUCCAGAUGUCGAAGUCCCCAAAACUGAUAUUGACAUCAAAGCACCUGAUGUGGACAUUAAAUCUCCUGAGCUUGACUUUGAGGGACCUGAAGGCAAGGUCAAGGGCUCCAAGUUUAAAAUGCCUUUCUCUGGGCCAACGAUUUCUAUGCCUGAUGUUGAUUUUAACCUGAAAAGUCCAAAACUGAAAGGUGAUGUUUCUGUUCCAAAAGUGGAAGGAGAUAUUAAAGCACCAAAAGUCGAACUUGAAGGCCCAGAAAUUGAGGGUCCAGAAGGUGGCUUUAAGAUGCCAAAUAUCAAAAUGCCAAAAUUCGGAUUCAAGGGUCCAAAAGUUGAAGGUCCAGAUGUCGAUAUAAAAAUUCCCAAAACUGAUAUCGACAUUAAGGCACCUGAUGUGGACAUCAAAGGUCCAGAGAUUGACAUUGAGGGACCGGAGGGAAAAGUUAAGGGCUCCAAGUUCAAAAUACCUUUCUCUGGGCCAACAAUUUCUAUGCCGGAUGUUGAUUUUAACCUGAAAGGUCCGAAACUGAAAGGUGAUGUUGAUGUUUCAGUUCCAAAAGUGAAAGGAGAGAUUAAAGCACCUGACGUGGUUGUUAAAACCCCAAAAGUUGACAUUGAGGGACCUGAAGGAAAACUUAAGGGCCCUAAAUUUAACAUUCCAUCAAUUUCUGGGCCAAAUAUUUCUAUGCCUGAUGUUGACUUUAACCUGAAAGGUCCAAAACUGAAAGGUGAUGUUUCUGUUCCAAAAGUGGAAGGAGAUAUUAAAGCACCAAAAGUUGAACUUGAAGGCCCAGAAAUUGAGGGCCCUGAAAGUGGCUUUAAGAUGCCAAAGUUCAAAAUGCCACAUAUCGGAUUCAAGGGUCCAAAAGUGGAAGGUCCAGAUGUCGAUGUAAAAAUACCCAAAACUGAAAUUGACAUUAAGGAACCUGACUUGGACAUUAAAGGUCCAGAGCUUGAUAUCGAGGGACCUGAAGGAAAAGUCAAGGGCCCAAAAUGGAAAAUGCCUUCUUUCUCCAGACCAACAGUUUCUGUGCCAGAUGUUGAUUUCAACCUGAAAGGUCCGAAACUGAAAGGUGAUGUUGAUGUUUCUCUUCCAAAAGUGGAAGGAGGUGUUAAAGCACCAAAAGUCGAACUUGAAGGCCCAGACAUUGAGGGUCCCGAGGGUGGCUUUAAGAUGCCAAAGUUCAGAUUGCCAAAGUUUGGAUUCAAGGGUCCAAAAGUGGAACGUCCAGACAUGGAUAUGAAAAUCCCUAAAGCUGAUUUUGAGGUUAAGUCACCUGAUUUGGACAUUAAAUCUCCAGAGAUUGACAUUGAGGGACCUGAAGGAAAAGUCAAGGGCCCCAAAUUGAAAAUGCCUUCUUUCCCCGUGCCAAAAAUUUCUAUGCCAGAUGUUGACUUUAACCUGAAAGGUCCGAAACUGAAAGGCGAUUUCGAUGUUUCUGUUCCAAAAGUGGAGGGAGAUUUCAAAGCACCUGAUGUGGAUGUUAAAACUCCAAAAGUUGACAUGGAGGGACCUGAAGGAAAAUUUAAGGGCCCUAAAUUCCAGAUGCCAUCAUUUUCUGGGCCAAAUAUUUCUAUGCCUGAUGUUGACUUUAAUAUCAAAGGUCCAAAACUGAAAGGUGAUGUUGAUGUUUCUGUUCCAAAAGUGCAAGGGGAUAUUAAAGCACCAAAAAUUGAACUUGAAGGCCCAGACAUUGAGGGUCCUGAGGGUGGCUUUAAGAUGCCAAAUAUCAAAAUGCCAAAAUUCGGAUUCAAGGGUCCAAAAGUGGAAGGUCCUGACAUGGAUGUGAAAAUCCCUAAAUCUGAUUUUGAGGUUAAGUCACCUGACUUGGACAUUAAAUCUCCAGAGAUUGACAUAGAGGGACCUGAAGGAAAAGUCAAGGGGCCCAAAUUUAAAAUACCUUCUUUCACUGGGCCAAAAAUUUCUAUGCCAGAUGUUGAUUUUAACCUGAAAGGUCCGAAACUGAAAGGUGAUGUCGAUGUUUCGGUUCCAAAAGUGGAAGGAGAUAUAAAGCUCCCUGGUUUGGAUGUUGAAGCUCCAAAAGUUGACAUGGAGGGAAGUGAGGGAAAACUUAAGGGUCCUAAAUUCAGUAUGCCAUCAAUAUCUGGCCCAAAUUUUUCCUUACCAAAUGUUGACUUUAACCUCAAAGGUCCAAAACUAAAAGGUGAUGUUGAUGUUUCUAUUCCAAAAGUGGAAGGAGGUGUUAAAGCACCAAAAGUUGAAAUUGAAGGCCCAGACAUUGAGAGUUCCGAGGGUGGCUUUAAGAUGCCAAAUAUCAAAAUGCCAAAAUUCGGAUUCAAGGGUCCAAAAGUGGAAGUUCCUGACAUGGAUGUGAAAAUCCCUAAAGCUGAUUUUGAGGUUAAGUCACCUGAUUUGGACAUUAAAUCUCCAGAAAUUGACAUGGAGGGACCUGAAGGAAAAGUUAAGGGCCCCACAUUGAAAAUGCCUUCUUUCUCUGGGCCAAAAAUUUCUAUGCCAGAUGUUGACUUCAACCUGAAAGGUCCGAAACUCAAAAGCGAUGUCGAUGUUUCUGUUCCAAAAGUUGAAGGAGGUAUUAAAGCACCAAAAGUUGAAAUUGAAGGCCCAGACAUUGAGGGUCGCGAGGGUGGCUUUAAGAUGCCAAAUAUCAAAAUGCCAAAAUUCGGAUUCAAGGGUCCAAAAGUGGAAGGUCCCGACAUGGAUGUGAAAAUCCCUAAAUCUGAUUUUGAGAUUAAGUCACCUGACUUGGACAUUAAAUCUCCAGAGAUUGACAUUGAGGGACCUGAAGGAAAAGUCAAGGGGCCCAAAUUUAAAAUACCUUCUUUCUCCGGGCCAAAAAUUUCUAUGCCCGAUGUUGAUUUUAACCUGAAAGGUCCGAAACUGAAAGGUGAUGUUGAUGUUUCGGUUCCAAAAGUGGAAGGAGAUAUAAAGCUCCCUGGUUUGGAUGUUAAAGCUCCAAAAGUUGACAUGGAGGGAAGUGAGGGAAAAUUUAAGGGUCCUAAAUUCAGUAUGCCAUCAAUAUCUGGCCCAAAUUUUUCCUUGCCAAAUGUUGACUUUAACCUCAAAGGUCCAAAACUGAAAGGUGAUGUUGAUGUUUCUGUUCCAAAAGUGGAAGGAGGUGUUAAAGCACCAAAAGUUGAACUUGAAGGCCCAGACAUUGAGAGUCCUGAGGGUGGCUUUAAGAUGCCAAAUAUCAAAAUGCCAAAAUUCGGAUUCAAGGGUCCAAAAGUGGAAGGUCCUGACAUGGAUGUGAAAAUCCCUAAAGCUGAUUUUGAGGUUAAGUCACCUGAUUUGGACAUUAAGUCUCCAGAGAUUGACAUAGAGGGACCUGAAGGAAAAGUCAAGGGCCCCACAUUGAAAAUGCCUUCUUUCUCUGGGCCAAAAAUUUCUAUGCCAGAUGUUGACUUUAACCUGAAAGGUCCGAAACUGAAAAGUGAUGUCGAUGUUUCUGUUCCAAAAGUUGAAGGAGGUAUUAAAGCACCAAAAGUUGAAAUUGAAGGCCCAGACAUUGAGGGUCGCGAGGGUGGCUUUAAGAUGCCAAAUAUUAAAAUGCCAAAAUUCGGAUUCAAGGGUCCAAAAGUGGAAGGUCCCGACAUGGAGGUGAAAAUCCCUAAAGCUGAUUUUGAGGUUAAGUCACCUGAUUUUGACAUUAAAUCUCCAGAGAUUGACAUUGAGGGACCUGAAGGAAAAGUCAAGGGCCCUAAAUUCCAGAUGCCAUCAGUUUCUCGGCCAAAAAUGUCUAUGCCUGAUGUUGAUUUUAACCUGAAAGGUCCGAAACUGAAAGGUGAUGUCGAUGUUUCUGUCCCAAAAGUUGAAGGCGGUAUUAAAGCACCAAAAGUUGAAAUUGAAGGCCCAGACAUUGAGGGUCGCGAGGGUGGCUUUAAGAUGCCAAAUAUCAAAAUGCCAAAAUUCGGAUUCAAGGGUUCAAAAGUGGAAGGUCCGGAAAUGGAUGUGAAAAUCCCUGAAGCUGAUUUUGAGGUUAAGUCACCUGAUUUGGACAUUAAAUCUCCAGAGAUUGACAUUGAGGGACCUGAAGGAAAAGUCAAGGGCCCUAAAUUCCAGAUGCCAUCAGUUUCUCUGCCAAAAAUUUCUAUGCCAGAUGUUGAUUUUAACCUGAAAGGUCCGAAACUGAAAGGUGAUGUCGAUGUUUCGGUUCCAAAAGUGGAAGGAGAUAUAAAGCUCCCUAGUUUGGAUGUUGAAGCUCCAAAAAUUGACUUCGAGGGAAGUGAGGGAAAACUUAAGGGUCCUAAAUUCAGUAUGCCAUCAAUAUCUGGCCCAAAUUUUUCCUUGCCAAAUGUUGACUUUAACCUCAAAGGUCCGAAACUAAAAGGUGAUGUUGAUGUUUCUGUUCCAAAAGUGGAAGGAGGUGUUAAAGCACCAAAAGUUGAACUUGAAGGCCCAGACAUUGAGAGUCCCGAAGGUGGCUUUAAGAUGCCAAAUAUCAAAAUGCCAAAAUUCGGAUUCAAGGGUCCAAAAGUGGAAGGUCCCGACAUGGAUGUGAAAAUCCCUAAAGCUGAUUUUGAGGUUAAGUCACCUGAUUUGGACAUUAAGUCUCCAGAGAUUGACAUUGAGGGACCUGACGGAAAAGUCAAGGGCCCCACAUUGAAAAUGCCUUCUUUGUCCGGGCCAAAAAUUUCUAUGCCAGAUGUUGAUUUUAAUCUGAAAGGUCCGAAAGUAAAAGGCGAUGUUGAUGUUUCUGUUCCAAAAGUGGAAGGAGAUAUAAAAGUCCCUGGUUUGGACAUUAAAGCUCCAAAAGUUGACAUUGAGGGACCAGAGGGAAAACUUAAGGGCCCUAAAAUUAAUAUUCCUUCAAUAUCUGGCCCAAAUAUUUCCUUGCCAACUGUUGACUUUAACCUCAAAGGUCCAAAACUGAGAGGUGAUGUUGAUGUUUCUGUUCCCAAAGUGAAAGGAGAUGUUAAAGCACCCGAUCUGGAUAUUAAAACUCCUGAAAUUGACAUUGAGGGAGCUGAGGGAAAAAUUAAGGGCCCUAAAUUUAGGAUACCAUCUGUCUCCAUGCCAAAGAUUUCUAUGCCAGAAGUUGAUUUCAAUCUGAAAGGACCAAAACUGAAAGGUGAUGUUGAUUUUUCCGUUCCAAAAGUCGAAGGAGACGUAAAGGCACCUGAUGUUCAUAUCAAGGGUCCAGAGGUUGACGUAGAGACACCUGAAGGAAAAAUCACAGGCUCCAAAUUCAAGGGGCCAUCAUUUUCAGGUCCAAAUAUUUCUCUCCCAGAUGUUGACUUCAACUUGAAAGGACCUAAACUAAAGGGUGGUGUUGAUGUGUCCGUUCCAAAAGUUCAAGGGGAUAUUAAAGCCACAGAUUUUAACAUUAAUCUGCCGAAUAUUGAUGGUGAUAUACCUGAAGGAAAAGUAAAGGGCCCAAAACUUAAGAUGCCAUCUUUAUCCGGCCCUGAAGGCUCCAUUGAGGUUAAUUUACCAGAAACAAAUGUGAAAAAGCCAAAGUUUAAAAUGCCAAAGUUUAAAUUUCCGUCAUUUGGGCACAAAGGUCCAAAAGUGGAAGGCCCUGAUGUUGAUGUAAAAAUUCCUAAGGCUGAUAUCAAAUUUAAAUCACCAGAUUUGGACAAUGAAUCUCCAGAGCUUAACAUUGAGGGACCGAAGGGAAAAAUCAAGGCCUCCAAAUUUAGUAUGCCAACAAUUUCUGGUCCAAAGGUUUCAAUGCCAGAUGUUGAUCUAAACCUGAAACGUCCGAAACUGAAAGGUGACGUUGAUGUUUCAGUUCCAAAAGUAGAAGGAAAUAUUAGUGUACCUGAUGUGGAUCUUAAAUCUCCUGAAGUGGAAUUUGAGGGACCUGAGGGAAAAAUUAAGGGCCCCAAAGGGAAAAUUCCAUUACUGUCAGGGCCAAAUAUUUCUAUGCCACACGUUGACUUCAACCUCAAAGGUCCAAAAUUGAAAAGUGAUGUUGAUGUUUCUGUCCUGAAAGUGGAAGGAGAUAUUAAAACACCAAAGAUUGAACAUGAAGGACCAGACAUUGAGGGUCCUGAGGGUGGCUUUAAGAUGCCAAAGCUCAAAAUUCCACAGUUUGGAUUCAAGGGCCCAAAAGUGGAAGGUCCAGACAUGGAUGUUAAAAUCCCCAAAACCGAUAUUGACAUUAAUGCACCUGAUGUCGACAUUAAAGCUCCAGAGCUUGACAUCGAUGGACCUGAGGGAAAAAUCAAGGGCCCUAAAUUGACAAAGCCUUCUUUAUCUGGGCCAACAAUUUCUAUGCCAGAUGUUGAUUUUAACCUAAAAGGUCGGAAAAUGAAAGGUGAUGUCGAUGUGUCUGUUCCAAAAUUGCAAGGAGAUAUAAAGGUCCCUGGUAUGGACAUUAAAGGUCCACAAGUUGACAUUGAGGGACCUGAGGGGAAAAUCAAGGGCUCUAAAUUCAGUAUGCCUUCAAUAUCUGGCCCAAAAAUUUCCAUGCCUAAUGUUGACUUUAACCUCAAAGGGCCAAAACUAAAAGGUGAUGUUGAUGUUACAGUUCCAAAAGUAGAAGGAGACAUGAAGGCACCAAAAGUUGAACUUGAAGGCCCAGACAUUGAGGGUCCUGAGGGUGGUUUUAAGAUGCCAAAGGUCAAAAUGCCAAAAAUUGGAUUCAAGGGUCCAAAAGUUGAAGGUCCAGAUGUUAAUGUACAAAUCCCUAAAACUGAUAUUGACAUUAAUGCACCCGAUGUGGACAUUAAAUCUCCAGAGCUAGAAAUUGAGGGACCUGAGGGUAAAGUCAAGGGCCACAAAUUAAAAAUGCCUUUCUCCGGCCCAACAAUUUCUAUGCCAGAUGUUGAUUUUAAUCUAAAAGGUCUAAAACUGAAAGGUGAUGUUGAUGCAUCUGCUCCGAAAGUGAAAGGAGAUAUUAAAAUACCCAAUGUGGAUAUUAAAGGUCCUGAAGUUGACAUUGAGGGACCUGGGAGAAAAUUUAAGGGCCCUAAAUUUCAGAUGCCAUCAGUUUCUGGGCCAAAUAUUUCCAUGCCUGAUGUUGACUUUACGAUGCCAGAUGUUGAUGUAAACCUGAAAGGCCCAAAACUGAAAGGUGAUGUCGAUGUUUCUGUUCCAAAAGUUGAAGGACAUAUAAAAGCACCAAAAGUGGAUAUUGAAGGUCCUGAUUUUGAUGUAGAUGGUCCAGAAGUUGGCUUUAAGAUGCCCAAAUUGCCAUCACUUGGCCUUAAAGGGCCAAAUGUGGAGGGCCCAGAAAUUGGUGUGAAAAUCCCUAAAACCAAUAUUGAUGUCAAGGCUCCUGGAGUUGACAUUGAAUCUCCAGAUCUUAAUAUUGAGGGACCUGAUGGAAAAAUAAAAAGCCCUAAAUUCAAGAUCCCGACAGUUUCUAUUCCAAAGGUUCCCAUGCCAGAUGUUGACUUUAACUUGAAAGGUCCUAAACUGAAAGGAGAUGUUGAUGUUUCUGUACCCAAAAUGGAAGGAGAUAUUAACGGAGCAAAAGUUAAAUUUGAAGGCCCAGGCUAUGAAGGUCCUGAGGGUGGCUUUAAGAUCCCAAAGAUGCCAUCAUUUGGACUUAAGGGUCCAAACGUGGAAGGACCAGAUGUUGACAUAAAACUCCCAAAAGCAGGUGUUGAUGUUAAAGGACCUGAAAUUGAGGUCAAAUCUCCUGAUCUUGAAAUUAAGGGACACGAAGGAAAAAUUAAGGGUCCUAACUUCAAAAUGCCUUCUUUAUCUGGUCCACAGAUUUCUAUGCCAGAUAUUAAUAUCAAAGGCCCCAAAGUCAAGGGUGAUAUGGGGAUUUCUGGACCGAAGACUGGAGGUGACCUAAAGUCUGCAAAAGUGGACAUUAAAGGUCCUCAUGUUGAUUUAGAGAGCCCUGAAGGUGGACUAAAAAUGCCAACGAUAAAAAUGCCAGCAUUCGGAUUCAAGGGUCCAAAAGUGGACGGUCCAGAUAUUGAUUUCAAUCUCCCGAAAACAGAUGUUGAUAUGAAAGGACCCGAAAUCGACAUUAAAACUGCUGAUCUUGACACUGAUGGACUUGGGGGUGGUCUAAAGAAUGUGAAGUUUCCAAAAUUUAAAGGUCCUCACUUUGGAAUCAAGACUUCGGGUGGCAGUCUUUCAGUUCCUGAACAGGAUGUUGAGGCAACCAUAGAUGCCAAAAGCCCUGAUGUUACCCUCAGUGGACCAGAUGCAAACAUCAAAGUGCCAAAAACUAAGAAAUCUAAAUUUUCACUUGGAGUUAGGAGCCCAAAGUUAGAUGCAGAUAUCCCUGAUGCUGGUGGUAAUUUUGAAGGACCUGACAUGAAUGUAGAUGUCAAAGGAAAAAAGGGUAAAUUCAAAUUGCCAAAAGGGAAAGGGAAGUCUAAAACAUUUGAUGCUGAUUUAAAGACGGAAAUGGUCGAGUUGGAGACAAAUGAACCUGAAAUUCACAUAAAGUCCACCAAAGUAAAGAAACCUUUUUUUGGAAGGUUACAUUUUCCUGAUGUGGAAUUUGACAUAAAAUCUCCAAAAGUUAAAGCUAGUUCAUCUGCAUCUGGAACCAUGAAAUCAUCAGAUGUUGAUUUGCCAUCGGCAAGCCUUAAAACUGACAUUCAGACACCAGAUGCUAGUUUGGACAGUCCAGAUUUGAAAACGAAAGGGGCAAAAGUAAAAAUGUCAAAAUACAGCAUGUCUAGCUCCAAACUAAAAACUUCAGACUUGGAUGUUAGAGAUGCAACAUUGGAGAUUCCAGAGAAGACCAUGCAUUCUCCAGAUGUCAGUGUAGCAGGAUCAGGGAUUAAUGGAAAACGCAGUGCUAAAAUUGACAUAGAAGGAAAAGUACAAAGUGUUGAGUCGGCAGUGCCAUCUACAAAUGUCAGCGGGGGGGUUAUAGAUGCUGAUUUAGGUAUCGCUGAACAGAAAGGAGUAAAAGGGAGCAUUGGAAUAGCUGGCUUUAAUGUAGGAGGACAAAAGGAAGAUACUGCAAGUGGGAUAGGCUUGAAGUCAGAUGCAUCAUUAUCUGGUGGGAUAGAGAAUCAAGAAGGUAAUUUAACAUUUCCUAAAGUCAAAGUACCAAAGUUUGGUAUUGCAUUGCCUAGAGUAGAACCAAGAGAAAUGCGAGAAGAUAUAGGUUCGGGUGAAUUGGCUGGUGGAGCUAAAGUUAGUUCUCAAGGUUUAGAAAUGCAGAAAACUGAUGUCAAAAGCAGUGGUGGCAAAGUGAAAGUAAAAAUGCCGAAGCUGUUUGUCAAAUCUAAAUCUAAAGGUGGCAGUGCAGCUGAUCUAACUGUUGAGGGAGAAGAUGCUGAUGCUACUAGUAAAGGUGCUGCUAAAGUGUCUAAGGAGUUGAGUCUUAGUUCUGGGGAACUGACAAGUGGCAAGUUAACAGUAGAGGAAAGCUCUGGAUUUAAAGUUUCUCCAAAGAGUAAAUCUGCCUCUCUUGACUUCUUUAAAAAGUCACGACAUCACUCAUCCUCUGUCAGUGAAGAGGGAGCCUUAGCUUCACCUGUUUCUACUGAAGGGCACUUACAAGCAGAAGCUGGCAAUGUUUCUCUAGAUGUUGGAGACACUAAGGUUAAAGGCAAAAAAGGAAAGUUGAAGUUCUCUACAAUUGGAGGUUUUAGUUCAAAAAGUAAAGGUUCAUAUGAAGUGACUGAUGAGAGUGAGGCUAUGACUGAGAGUGCUAGUGGGGUUGCUCAGCCUUCAAAGAAGUCCAGAAUGUCAUCGUCAUCUAGCAGUGAUAGUGGUACAAAAGGUAGUAUUCGGUUACCACAACUCGAGAUAUCAGUUUCACCAAAAAAAUAAGUUUUUACGUUGAUAUCUAGGCACAGUUCAAAUACAUUUAUUUUAUUAUGUCAGUCUAGAUGAUUAUCGUAAAUCUGGCUUUCAUUGUAAUUAUAAUGCACUGCCUUAUAAACUGUUUCUUCAGUUUCCAAAAAUGCUCUUUACAGGCAUUGAUAUUAUUUGAAUCACAAUUUAACUGUAAAUAAGAGAAAACUGUAGGUAAUUUUAAAUUUUUUUUGUAGAUAGGAAAUUCAGAUUCAAUCCAAAAAUGUGUGUACUUAAUAUAAAAAAGAAAUCGAUGCGAGUUGUCAUCAGAUAAUGUGGUAUAUUUUUCUAUGUUUUGACUUGGUUUUGUGACUCCUUUCUAAAAUUGUCUAAACACGUUUACAUGCAAGAGGCAUGAUUUUAAUUAAAACUGAAAGGAUUUUAUGACUUCAACUUCACAUAUAUUUAGUGCUGUAUCACAUGUACUUAUCACUGAUGAAAAUCUAAUUUUAAACAAAGCAUUAGUAAGCAGAAUGAAGUUUAAGGGCUGUAAAAAUUGUAAAUAAAUUGAUUCAGAAUAGAUGCAUGGGAUUAUAUUACUUUGUGUCCCAAAUAAUAUGGCAGUUCAGAUAUUCUGUUAUGAAAUUUACACAGAGAUUAUUAUCUUCUAAAGUAUUUAUAUCUUUUCUAUAAUUGAAUUGCUUUAAAAUGCACACAUGGAGCAGCUGACAAAGGGCUGUGACUGGCUUUGAUGUUUUAAAUGAUUUCAAAGGCAUUUUAGUUGUAUCUUCCACAUUUCUUUACAUCCAAUUGACUCUCUCUCUUCCUCUUACUACAUUAAUGAAAUGUCGUGCUGCAAAGUGGUGAUUAUACCUACAGAAAUGCUAAUGAUUAAACAAUAUUUUUUAAAAGGCUAAAAUGUACAUCACCUUUGUAAAUAGUGGGACAUUUAGGCUGUAUGUUUCUAACUUUUUCUUGUAUCUGUUGCAAAAAAAUUUAAUAAAGAGUUCAAUUCUAAA